GGCUGUGGCCGUCCAUACUGGCGUGCCCCUCGAUUUCCUUCUUCCUCGCUUUCCUUCACCCUCCGCAUCUCCAUAACAGCUGUGUUUGUAUCUCCCCGCUCCUGGCAGUGAUCGUCUUCUUGUCCCGCGACCGCGAACCCGUGCCUCAUCCCUCCAUUUCUUCACUCGGCGCGCGCUGCUGCCCCUCCGGACGCGUCCACCCCGCCAAAGGACCUGCUGCACCACGCUCGCUCGGUCAGCCCGCCUGCAGACCCUGUUGUGGUUCUUCUGGACCGUCUGGUGUUGCCUCUUUGAACUCGACUAGGUCUACGGUCCCAAUCCCCGACCCAAUUACCUGCCGCGCUCACCUCGCCCACUCCGCUGUAUCGCAAACCGGCAACCUCACCACAACAACCUCCCACCGCACUCUGCAUCUUCAUUCCCCCUACGCGGCGACCCUCCACCGCCGUCCAUCAUGGCCGAAUUCGUGCGCGCGCAAAUCUUUGGCACGACCUUUGAGAUAACGAGCAGGUACACCGACCUGCAGCCCGUGGGCAUGGGCGCGUUUGGUCUUGUCUGCUCGGCAAAGGACCAGCUCACUAGCCAGGCCGUCGCCAUCAAGAAGAUCAUGAAGCCAUUCAGCACUCCGGUUUUGUCCAAGCGCACAUACCGAGAAUUGAAGCUCCUGAAGCACCUGAGGCACGAGAAUGUCAUCAGCCUGAGCGACAUCUUCAUUUCCCCGCUCGAGGACAUCUACUUCGUCACCGAGCUCCUCGGCACUGAUCUCCACCGCCUGCUUACCUCAAGACCGCUCGAGAAGCAGUUUAUCCAAUAUUUCCUUUACCAGAUCCUCCGUGGUCUGAAAUAUGUCCACUCCGCCGGCGUUGUCCACCGAGACUUGAAGCCCAGCAACAUCCUCGUCAACGAAAACUGUGAUCUUAAGAUUUGCGACUUCGGCUUGGCCCGUAUACAAGACCCCCAGAUGACGGGUUACGUCUCGACGCGCUACUACCGAGCACCCGAGAUCAUGCUUACCUGGCAAAAGUACGAUGUAGAGGUCGACAUCUGGAGCGCCGGCUGCAUCUUCGCUGAGAUGCUCGAGGGCAAGCCGCUGUUCCCCGGCAAGGACCACGUGAACCAGUUUUCUAUUAUCACGGAGCUUCUGGGAACUCCUCCAGAUGAUGUUAUUCAGACCAUCUGCAGUGAAAACACAUUACGCUUCGUCCAGUCGCUGCCCAAACGCGACCGCCAGCCUCUGGCAAACAAAUUCAAGAAUGCUGAGCCAGCUGCCAUCGACCUCCUCGAGAACAUGCUCGUCUUCGACCCGAAGAAGCGCGUCAAGGCCGAACAGGCUCUCGCCCACCCAUACCUUGCUCCCUAUCACGACCCUACCGACGAGCCGGGCGCAGAAGAGAAGUUCGACUGGUCUUUCAACGACGCGGACCUUCCCGUUGACACAUGGAAAAUCAUGAUGUACUCAGAAAUUCUCGACUACCACAAUGUAGACGCCGCUGCACAAGGCGAGGAAAGCCAAAGCUAACCUCGGCAACGUAUAUUUAGAGCGCGGGACACGGUAGUGAUGCAUUUGGGGACCCGAUCAUGAUCUCCCUUCCUCGUUGGCGUAGUCUGGACAUAUUUUCCUUGGGAUUAAUUCUGAACAUACCACUGGAUGUGGGAUAGAGGGGCGGAGUGCGGGAGUGACACUCAGUUUUGGAUUGCGAUUGGCUUGGACGAGCGGAUAUACGGGGAAUGGCACGCUGGGAUCGGGAGUCUGUGCCGGGAGCGGCUGGUCAGUGAAGCGUUCGUAGCAAGGUCGUCAUGGCUUGCGUGCGAGCCGUGCUGCUUGUUUGACGGCCCCGUUUUGGCCCAUAGAACGAUUAUGAAAUCAAAAGUACACAGCAGGAUCCAACUACACGAAGAGCGACAGAUGGGAUGGUGUCAACACGGCGGGUAGA